AGGCUGAAAAGAGUUUCCCAUGCUGAAAACAGAGCUAGCAGAGGCGGUGACCAUCUGAAGACGUGGGAUCUCAUCCUCUGCCUGUUGAAAAUAUUCAUCUGUAUGAAACAGUGGAGUCUUCCUGGGAGGGAGAGAGAGGGAGGCAGCGCACCUGACUCUCAGCAAGAGAAGGAGGAGGUCUGUUUGACAAUGGCAGCAGAAGAUGCUUUGUCAUCUCCUGGCUUGGAUCAGGUGGCUGGUGAGAAGUUCCUUCAGGAAGCCUUCCAGAUCAUGCUUGAAGAAGGGAUUCAAAAAGGGAUGGAUGCCUCCAAAGAGGUGUGUAUUUGGAAGGAACCUGAGGAACUGCAGCAAAUUCUGGACCUGGAUCUAAAAGACAGUGGGGAGCCACAUGAAAGGUUGCUGGAACGCUGUCGGGAUGUUAUCAGAUACAGUGUGAAGACAUGUCAUCCACGUUUCUGCAAUCAGCUAUUUUCUGGGCUUGAUCCCCAUGCUCUGGCUGGACAGAUGAUCACAGAGAUGCUCAACACUAGCCAGUACACAUACGAGAUUGCACCCGUCUUUGUCUUGAUGGAAGAGGUGGUGCUGAAGAAACUGCGAGAGUUGAUUGGCUGGGGAAAAGGCGACGGAAUCUUCUCCCCUGGAGGGUCCAUCUCCAACAUGUAUGCCAUGAAUGUGGCACGGUAUCACCGUUUCCCAGACUGCAAGCAGAAGGGGCAUUGGGCAAUACCAAAGCUGGCAGUGUUUACGUCAGAAGAGGGCCACUACUCUAUCCAAAAGGGAGCAGCUUUCUUGGGCAUUGGCACAGAUAAUGUCUACCUUGUAGCAGUGGAUGAAAAAGGGAAAAUGAUCCCUGCUGAUCUAGAGAAACAGAUCAACCAGGCCAAAUCAGAGAGAGCACUCCCCUUCUUUGUCAGUGCCACCUGUGGCACCACUGUCUUGGGAGCCUUUGACCCCCUGCCUGAGAUUGCAGAGGUGUGCAUGAGACACAAACUCUGGCUCCAUGUGGACGCAGCCUGGGGUGGUAGCGCUCUCGUCUCCCAAAGACAUCGGCAUCUUCUGGAUGGGAUUGAGAGGGCAGAUUCAGUGGCUUGGAACCCCCACAAAAUGCUUAUGACUGGGCUUCAGUGUUCUGCCUUCCUGCUCCGAGACUGCUCUGGCCUGCUGCAGAGAUGCCACUGUGCCAAAGCCACCUACCUCUUCCAGAUGGACAAGUUCUACAACAUCGCUUAUGACAGGGGAGACCAAACCAUCCAGUGUGGACGCAAAGUAGAUUGCUUUAAGUUGUGGCUGAUGUGGAAGGCCAAUGGCAGCAAAGGCUUGGAGCAGAGAGUGGAUAGGGCGUUUGCCUACACUAGGUAUCUAGCUGAUGAGAUCAAGAAGAGAGAAGGCUUUCAGCUAGUGAUAGAGCCCGAGUUCAUUAAUCUCUGUUUUUGGUAUGUACCUCCCAGUCUACGAGGGCAGGAAGGCUGCACUGAUUACUGGAUGAAACUGGGGAAGGUAGCUCCACUGAUUAAGGAGCAGAUGAUGAAGAAAGGAUCCAUGAUGGUGGGCUACCAGCCACACGGCAAAAGGGUGAACUUUUUCCGCCAGGUGGUCACCAAUCCAGCAGUCACCAGAGAGGAUCUGGACUUCUUCCUUGAUGAAAUUGAGAGGCUCGGGAGAGACCUGUAGAUCGUGUUUGUAUGUUAUGCUUAGCUGGACACACACAGAUUGGAAGAGUUAAGCAUUUUGUUCAAAAGCAGGACAACACAUUACUUCCAGUCACUGCACACCACAGCUGAAAUGGCUUGGAAGCUGCACUUCUGCAACCAUGCACAGGGGCCCAUGAGCAGGUACCACUAGCAUGGUGUGUUUGCUGCUGCUAAACCAUUUUACAGGCAAAUGUGUUGUGAAGAUGUAACAGUAGCGUGUGCCCUGCCACCCAUACUUUUUUGCUGUUAUCCAUUUGUCACGGUGGGCAGUUUCCAAAAUUAAGGCAAACGUAUGCUUCAAUUUCUCCACUGCCUUCUGCAAAAAACAAGGAAAGCUUAGGACUUCGAAAUGUGGGCUCCAAAUUCCAACAG